AUGAACGUAUUAGGAAAGGUGGUGAUACCAAAGAUUAAAGUUACUUGCAAGUAUAUUGUAAAUGCGCUGGAGGAGCGAGAGAGAGAUGAUUUUUACAGACGAAAGGUGAUGUUAGACGUAAAGAAAAAGAAAGCUAAAAAAGAAAAUAAUGUUAAAGCUGUACCAAAAAAAGAUGAAUAUUGCGAUGGAUGCGGAGAAGUAAUGAAUAAGAACUUUUUAAAUGAAAUAGAACAUAUUCCAUCCUUAGCGCAUGAUGAUAAAAUAAAAAAAAAUAGGCAGUUGGUGGAUUUAAAAGAACAUAUUAGCGAAAUUUUAGAAGUAAUUAAUACUGUAGAUAAAAAGUCAUUUCAGGUGCCAAAUAUAAAGGAGUUCUUGAAUUUAGCUCAAGAUUUGCAAAGUAAAAUAGCCGAUAGAUUAAAUUCAGAACCACUCUUGUCUCAAUCAGAUCGUAAGACGUGUGAAAAUUGUAUAAGUAAAUUAGUAAACGAGCAAUAUGAAAACAAUAUACAAGAAGAAAUAUUGGACUCUGGAAUAUUUGAAAAUGUACACGAAUCAGGAUCUAGAUUAACUUUACAAGAAUCGUCAGAAAAUAUAUCAAAAUUAGAACCAUAUUAUAAAAAGCGACUAUCGAGUGAUAUUAUUGAGAGAAAUUUAAGGAUGGGCGCAUUUCAGAUUGAUGUUAAAGAAAUAACUAAAAUAUUAAGAACUAAAAAUAAGGAUGGAACUAUAAGAGAAGAGAAAAAAACUAUUAAAAUUAGGAAAGAAAUUAGGGAUUCAACAGCUCGGGAUUUAAUUCCACUGUAUUCUUCUAAUAACUCAAUCAACUCAAAAGACAAUGAAAAUUUUAUUAUGGCAUACGACGACCUACCUGGGCCGUCAUCAAAAUCAUCACAUUCACACAAUAAAAAAUAA